AUAUUGUCAUUUGAGAGCAAGCAAGCAUUUUCUUAGUGUUUAUUUUACUAUAAAUUUUUUUUUUUGUUAUAAAUUUAAAAAAUGCCUUGCAUAGCUUUUGGACGAUUCGAUGAUUCAUUCAGCUUAGGGUCUAUUAAGGCCUACAUUGCUGAAUUCAUCUCUACUUUGCUCUUUGUCUUCGCCGGAGUUGGUUCAGCUAUUGCUUACAACAAGGUGACAGCUGAUGCUGCUCUUGAUCCGUCUGGGCUAGUAGCUGUUGCAGUUUGCCAUGGAUUCGCACUGUUCGUGGCUGUUGCCAUUGCUGCUAAUAUCUCCGGUGGUCACGUCAACCCUGCCGUCACAUUCGGAUUGGCUCUCGGUGGCCAAAUCACCCUCCUCACCGGUCUAUUUUACUGGAUUGCUCAACUUUUGGGUGCAAUUGUUGGCUGUUACCUUCUCAAAGUUGUGACUGGAGGAAUGGCGGUUCCGAUCCACGGUGUGGCUGCUGGAGUAGGAGCUGCCGAAGGAGUGGUGAUGGAAAUAAUCAUUACAUUUGCUUUGGUGUACACAGUGUACGCCACAGCAGCUGACCCGAAGAAGGGUUCAUUGGGUACCAUUGCACCCAUAGCGAUCGGUUUCAUUGUUGGUGCUAAUAUUUUAGCUGCAGGCCCGUUCUCUGGAGGUUCAAUGAACCCAGCCCGUUCAUUUGGACCCGCUGUGGUUAGUGGAAACUUUGCUGGUAUUUGGAUUUAUUGGGUUGGACCACUUGUUGGCGGUGGGUUAGCUGGUCUUAUCUAUAGCAAUGUGUUCAUGAACCACGAACAUGCACCUUUAUCGAGCGAUUUUUAAGUUCUAAAUUGAUAAUUUGUACGUUGUUUGAAUUUAUGUUGGGUCUAGAAAUUGAUUUGCCUUUUUUGUACGUAAUAAAGAAAGAAAAAAAGUAAUAUAUUGCUUUUUUUUCUUUCUUUUGUUUUGUUUUAUUGUUACUUUUUUUUUUUUUUAAGUUUUUGGUUUGCAGCUGUACAUUCAUGUUUUUGGUGUUCAAUUGAUUUAUGAGUUUGGUGAGAA